UACAAUUUUGGUCGUCGCCCGGUCCUUUUGUGUCUUGUCUUCCUCAGGCAGAGGCGUUUCCCUGUAUUAUAGUAAAGAUGGCUGUCAACACAAUCCUCUUGGAUUUGACAGUUGACCCUCAAAAAAUUGUGGAGAAAAAUGGCCUCAAGUCCGCAGUCCAGGAUGUUUUAUCAAAGUUCAUCCCGGAGCUGAAGGAGGUUUACACCAGUGACUUUCAAGGCGGAGGAACCUUGUAUACUUUCACAGCUGUGAGAGAUUCUUUCAUAACUGUCAGAGCUUUUACCAAGGGUGUCAUAUCUAUCAACAUUGAAUAUUACCGGGAAGACAGUGAUGAACCCCUUUUAUCGUUUGAGACUUUGAGAAAGAUGGAGGAAAGUUUUACUGAACAAACAGGCUGCAUGAAAUGCCACAAGUAUCCAGCUUUUAAACGAGGAAGCAAGACAGACAGAUAUUUUCUGACUUCAGACGAGAGAAUUUUAGAGUACGACAUCGAUGCUGUGGUCUUUGAGGAGCAGUCUCCGUACCAGAAGGUGCAGAUUGUGCAUUCUAAGAGCUUAGGAAACCUCUUGGUUUUGGAUGAACUACAAAAUUUGUCAGAGCGAGACCUGAUCUACACCGAGACAUUGAUGCAGAGAGGCAAGGAAGAUUACGCAGGGAAAGAAAUAGUGAUACUUGGAGGUGGAGAUGGAGCACUGCUGUAUGAACUGCUCAAAGAAAAGCCCAAGUUUGUCACCAUGCUGGAGUUAGACGAGGUAGUGAUCAGAGCAUGCAGGGAACAUUUGAGAGGCUGCUGUGGAGAUAUUCUGGACCAGUUGGAGGGGCUCAACUAUAAGAUAGUGAUUGACGAUUGCGUCAAAUCGUUGGACCAGAUGAUCGCUGAAGGCAAGAAGGUAGAUUACGUGUUUGGAGACCUAACUGACAUUCCUGUAUCAGUGACUCCACAAGGUGAAGUUUGGGACUUUAUUCGUCUGAUUCUCAACAAGGCUAUGCAAGUUAUUAAGCCAUCGGGAAAAUAUUUGACCCAUGGUAACGGUGUUUCCAGCCCGAAAUCUCUAGCGAUGUUUGAAGACCAGCUGCGUAACUUACAAAUUCCAGUCGAUUUCACCCGAGACACAGCUUUCGUUCCGUCUUUCCUCGAAGAUUGGGUUUUCUACCAAGUUUGGCCCAAGUUGGUUAACUAGUAACGCUUUCUAUGACACCGGUAUCCCUUUAAUCCAUGAUAUGCCACCGUGCAUUUAUUACAGUACAGAAGUAAGCACCAUACUAUGACAUGAGGAGAUGUGUAUAUCACUGUAGAAUAGGACAUUCGAAACAAAUACGAAGAACAUUGUUUGUUGUAAGUUUAUUGUAUUAAUUUAAAGACAUGAAAUAGGUUUUUGUUGGUUUGGAAUGAAUGUACACGCACAAAGGAGAUGUUAUCCAUGUGCGUUGAAGGAUAUUUAAAUACAAAUUCUAGCCUGUGAUUUAACAGUGUGUGUUUCUAGUCGGAAUUUGUAAAUAGAAACGUUUUCAUGGAUUUUGUGUAUUGACCAGAUGAUUUGUUUAUUUACCUCAGGGCACCAAGUAGGUCUAGUUUAUAUUGUGUUAUGUAUCUGUAAGAUUUCUAGAAGAAGUCUAAAAAACAAAAAAAGUACCUUUUUUAUAUUUUUGAAUUUUUUAUGUUUUAGUCCGGAAUUGUUUUUACAUUACUUCAGGCUAGGUCUAGAGAAGGUAGGAAGCAUUAUUACUUAGAUAAAAUUCCUUGGUGAUUGGCUGGAUUUAAACCCGGGACCUCAGGGACAAAAGUCCUGCGCUCUACCACUAGACCAGCUCGCUCCCCCGACAAAAGUAUCUUGUACAUCACAGCAGUUUUUAAAAUCUUGGAUGCUCCCAAAAUAUAUUCUAGUUUAAGUUAAAAUUCUUUACUUUGCCUUGUUUUCCUAUGUUAAUACUAACAUAUUGCACGUUUUGACUGUUAGGAUAUACAGUAGAACCUUAAUAGCAAGUGUUAUUUUUAAAUACACUUGAAUACAUUAUCCUUCAUUAGGUUAUUGCAAACCUAAAUAAGAAGUCGACCUUGAUAGAAGUCUUAUUAUUCCAUGAGACACUUUUGAUAUCAAGGUCCUAUACUGUAUAAGGAUCACAAGAAGAAGUAAAUCCUGUCAAAUUCCAAAACUUAUGAAUGUUGUAGCAUCUUUCAGUUGAUGAUAUUAAAUAUAUUUUACUAUAUUUAAAAUUGUUCUGUUGAAAAUUCAACAAAGGUAUAGCAAAGUCACAAAAAUUCCUUUACGAGUUUAAAUCCACAAAAUUCACUGACAAUGAUUCUAGGUAAUGUCUAGUACAUAAGUUCCACACUGAGUUUUACUUUAUUCUACACAAUUAAUGUUACGGUAUGUUAUUUUUUUAUUAUGACCUUUCUUUUAUAAUUUUGUAAUUAAUGUAUACCGUACUGACUCUGUAUACUGAUUCUUUACUCGAAUGGCAUGAUUUACUUUUUUAACUCACUUUUGUGUUGAACAAAUUUAAGUUGUAACUUUCCCCUUUUACUGUGGGUGACAUUAUUUUUGUAAUGCUUUUGUUAGGCUAUUUGGUAUACAAUAUUACAUACAUUGUUAUUAAGUUUAGAUAAUUGUUUUCUAGUCAAUUUAGUUGAUUGUUCUUUAACCAAUGUAGACUCAGGGGGUGUAGACUGAACAUAACUUAUGAUUAAAUAUAGUAUAGUAAAAUUUCUGUUUUUUUUUUUAAGAGGAUUGCAAAAAAGGUUUAAAUUAAGGUAGAUUCUUUGAUUGUAUUUGCUUAUUUUAAACUGAUGUAUCCAAAUAUGUAUGCACUUCUUUAUUUAAUGUUUAUGUUAUUAAAUCAUACUCACAUUAAUCAUCAAUGUCUUUUUUUUAGUACUAAACAGUUGAAGCAACUUAAUUUUUAAUAGUAAACACACUGUAACCGUCUUUAAUAGCUCUGUACAAUAAUUGGAAAUCAAAAAAGCGUGAGAUGUUUUGGUCAGAACGGGUUGUUUAUAAAUCUUUUUUUGGUGCUUUUUUUGUGUGUGUUAGUUAGUUUUAGAAUUUGACCAAUUUAGUUGUAAUUUUGUUUUGUCGUAGUGGUCUUAGUUCCUUGACUAAGUUAUCCUUUGAAACUACUCCCUAGUCAGAGAGUGAUAGUUUGAAAACGAUCAAGUAGUCAUAUAACUUUACUGCUAACAAAUUAUUGCUAUCAAAGUCAUAAUAUACCUUAUCGGUCUUAUUUUAUUUGUAAAUAUAGGUUGUCAUUUAUUUUUAUUUUUUACACAAGUGACAUCACAUACUGUAUACGUUGAUCAAGUGAACAAAACAAUAUUUUGUUUUAUAAUUUGUAACACAUUUUUCACUGUAUGAAUACUGCGUUAGUUCUGUAGAACCUUGAUAGGAAGCCUCUCUAAAAGAUAAAAGUUUACUUUGAUUUCUUAUCAAGGUUUGAGCUGAAAAUACCAUAUAUUGGAAUAUUCUAAACAUUUUAUAAUGUGUUAUGUUUUCAAGAGGCUUGUUAUGAAGGUUCUACACACCACUUUUGUGUAAUCGGUUUUAUUGUAUGAAUAAAGAUGUAUUUUCCCUCAUUUA